AAUCUCAUCCUUCCACUAUCUCAAUCUCAAACCCCUUUUACUCUUUCGCUUUCCCUCACCCUCUCUAGUUGGUCAUCGUACAUGAACACUCGUAGAUUAUGCUACUUAUGUUCCAUAAUUUGACCGAGUAAAAAUGAUGUAGCUGAGGAAAAACGGUGUUAAGAGUGCUCCUUUUAUGCUUUUUUAUUUUUCUUUUUUUCUUUUAGAGUUUUUGAUAUAAAUUUGUUUGUUUGUGUUGGUUUGUUCUGACGUGUAUGAAUUGUUUGAUGGGGGAAGAGGGAGAAGAAGGGGUGAGAAAGAAGGAACAUGGGGGUGUUAAUGGAGAUAAGUGGUACUUGUAUAGCUGCUUACAGUACUGUGAAAAUUGGUGUUGUUUAAGACAUGAGUAUUCAUUUUCAAUGGCUCCUUUUAAGUGAAAAACCUUGUUCAUCGAUCCUCUCAGCUUUUCUCUCGAGAUCUUAAGACAUUGACUAACAAUUAAAAGGGUUCUUCAUCUUAUAAAAAAGAUCCGAUCUUUACUCAUGAAGAGACUUGCCAGCUCAGAUAAUUCUUCGGGUGCUCUCGUGUCAAUCCCUCCAUCAACAACAGACGAACACAGUCCAAGGAACAAUCAUUUGUAUCGUAGGGAUUUCCAAUCGAUGCUGGAUGGAAUUGAUGAAGAAGGGUGUGUUGAAGAACCGGGGCAUCACUCGGAGAAGAAACGUCGACUGAGUGUGGAUCAAGUAAAGGCUUUAGAGACAAACUUCGAGGUAGAGAACAAGCUUGAACCUGAUAGGAAGGUGAAGCUUGCCCAAGAACUUGGGUUGCAACCAAGACAAGUAGCCGUUUGGUUCCAAAACCGUCGAGCAAGAUGGAAAACCAAGCAAUUGGAAAGAGAUUAUGGCGUUCUCAAAGCCAAUUAUGAAGCUCUUAAGCUUAAUCAUGAUACCCUCAAACAGGACAACGAAGCCUUACACAAAAAGAUUAAGGAAUUGAAAUCAAGGUUGUUGCAAGAAGAAAACAACACUGCAAGCGGUGUUUCACUUUCGGUGAAGGAAGAGAUAACUAUGAUGCCUGACUCUGAAGGAAGAGAUAAUAAUAACCCAUCUCCUGAAACAUCAAUUCCUUGUACAGAGUCCAAGGAACACUUGAAUUAUGAUUAUUGCUUCAACAACAACGAUGUUGUCGGAGCCACCUCACUCUUCCCAACAGAUUUCAAAGAUGGUUUUUCUGAUAGUGACUCAAGCGCAAUCUUGAACGAUGAUAACAGCCCCAAAGCCACCGUUUCUUCAUCUGGGGUUCUUCAAAGUCAUCACCUUUUGUUGUCUCCUGAGUCUUCUUCUCCCUUGAAUUGCUUCCAGUUUCAGAAAUCGUACCAUACACAAACACAGUAUGUGAAGAUGGAGGAGCACAAUUUCUUCAGUGCAGAUGAAGCCUGCAAUUUCUUCUCGGAUGAACAAGCACCGACCCUCCAUUGGUACUGUCCAGAUCAGUGGAAUUAAAGAAAAAAGUAAAGGAAAAAAGAUGAAACCGUCUUUACAAAUUUUAUUUGAUUAGAGGAAAUGCCAAUAAAGGAAGUUGCACGGUUGUAUUUGAAGAAAGCUCAAGUUCUUUUUGUAAAAAUGGUUGCUUCGAAGUUCUCAUUGAGCCUGCUUCAAUGUAGAAAGUGUGCGCCUAAGAGUUGAGAGAGAAAAGAGAAGUGGUUUGCACUUUGCAUGGCGUGGGGUAGGAGCUGAAAGGAUGAUGAUAAAGGGUAAUUAUGACUCACCCGUGUGAGAAGGAGUCAUAUUAUGAAUAAUAAUGAAAUGUAAAAACCUUUUUAAUUCUGAGCAUAGAAAAUUUCUAUUGGAUAAUAAUGGCUCCAUGCUUCGAAC